GAGAAAGAUUCAAUCUUCUCGUCUAAACGGAUAUCGAUUUUCGAGAUACAGAACCUCGAAAGAACUCAUUGAUUUUAAUGAGAAGUCGAAUCGUUUUUGUUCGAUUUGAAUAUGUUCGUUUCCUUUGUUUUUACUUCGUUGACAAUAAAUUUGCAACGAAUUUGUCUAUGCUGAAAGUAUUCCAAAAACACGAAUAUUUCAAUGCUUUUAAUUAAAAUUGAAAGAACGAAAGAUAUCAAUUUUAUAAGUGUGUCAUGAACAUUUGAAGUUUUUAUAACCUCUGAUUUUUUAUGUAAAUAAAACAUUCGUCGUAUUUGAAUGCUUCACGGUGAAAGAUAAGAUCGAUUGUUCGAGAGUUUAUUAAUUCUAACUCGAUACGGUAUUUAGCGAUAUGAAAAUUAUUUAAUAAAGUUUACAACAUGAUAAACUCAUUGACGUGUGUUUGUUCACACGUCCAUUGCAUGCAAAAUGUUAUCAGGCACUUAAGACGUUCUUAAUUAGAUUCAACGAAGUACAUAUCUCACUAUAUGAGUCAUGUUGCAAUUUAGCCGUCGCUAUGAACGCCAUAAAACAUAAGAUAUGUAUGGUGUCUGACUUUUUUUAUCCCAAUAUGGGCGGUGUUGAGGAACAUAUCUUUAAUUUGUCUCAAUGUUUAAUGGGACGUGGACACAAAGUUGUAGUGCUCACACAUUCUUACGGUGAUAGAAUUGGAAUACGUUACAUGACAAAUGGGUUGAAAGUAUACUAUAUACCAGUAAAAGUGUUCUAUAAUCAAUGUGUUCUUCCAACAAUGAUCUGUUCUAUCCCCCUCAUUAGAUAUAUCUUUCUGAGAGAAGAAAUUCAAAUAGUUCAUGGUCAUUCUGCAUUCUCUGCUCUUGCUCACGAAGGGAUGCUAAUUGGCCGUUUGAUGGGACUGAAAACUAUUUUUACAGAUCAUUCACUUUUUGGUUUCGCGGAUGCCUCUGCGAUUUUGACAAAUAAAUUUUUAGAGAUAUCAUUAUCCGAUUGCAAUCAUUGCGUAUGUGUAUCGCAUACUGGAAAAGAGAAUACAGUAUUAAGAGCAAAAGUCUUGAAAGAGAAAGUUUCUGUCAUUCCGAAUGCAGUCGAUACUACUUUAUUUAUGCCUGACACCAGUAAACGAGAUGAUAAUUUUAUUACAAUAGUCAUAGUGUCGCGACUAGUAUAUCGCAAAGGUGUCGAUUUAUUAGCUCGUAUUAUACCCGAUCUUUGUAGUCGGUACGAGAAUGUGCAAUUUCUAAUUGCUGGAGAUGGUCCCAAAAGAUGGCUCAUAGAAGAAGUACGAGAAAGAAACUUGUUACAACACAGGGUUACAUUACUUGGAAGCUUGGAGCAUUCUCAGAUAAGACAUGUAUUGAACAAAGGUCAUAUAUUUCUGAAUACAAGCCUGACAGAAGCAUAUUGUAUGGCAAUUGUUGAAGCUGCUUCGUGCGGUUUACAAGUUGUUUCAACAAAGGUUGGUGGUAUACCUGAAGUAUUACCACCUGAUUUAAUUUAUUUAGUAGAGCCUACAGUACCUGCUCUUGUUAGUGGGCUAGAAUCAGCUAUAACAGAUUAUAAAAAAGGGAAUAUUAGAUGUCCAUUUGAAAUGCACAAAAGAAUAAGUUUAUUUUAUAACUGGUUUAAUAUUACUAAAAGGACUGAAAUAGUUUAUAAUUUAGUAAAAGAAGAAAGCAAAAAAAAUUUAGGUCAACAAUUAGCAAGUUACAUUCAGAGUGGAGUAUUGCCUUAUUUACUUGUUGUAUCAUUGUGCUACAUUAUUUUACAAGUUUUAGAAAUUCUUGUACCACGAAAGUACAUUGAUAUUGCAAAAGAUUAUAUCGAAAUUAAUGUCAUACACUCUCGUGGAGACGAAAAAGAAGACUAAUACUUCAUUUUCAAGAUGUACAAAAUGAAUGAUGAUAUGAACAUUUUAAUAGUAUGUGUUUUAUAUACCAAUACAUUCCUAUCGAUAUGAUGGUUGUUAAUAAUAUUGCUUUUAAUAUAUCUUUUCACAUAAGAGAAUCAACUGACAUUUUGUAAAAAUAUUUCCUAAUAUUCUUUUGAUAGCAUAUUUUCAUGUUAUAUGAAUGUAUAUGUAUAAAAAAUGAAAUUUAGUGUCCAAAGUACAAAUAUAAUUGUUAAAAAAAAUUAAAA